AUGAAUCAGGAGCUUGAGAGCUUCAAAGCAUUGACUCCAGUUGGCCCCAAGCCAGGUGUGCAAAGGCCAAUGCUUUUGCGCGGCAAGGCCGCAAAGCGCAUCAAAGCGGAGAAGUCGGCUGUCUUGUGCAAGUCUGAGAUUGAUGCAAACCUCUUGGCCUUUCAGUUGAUGAAGAAUGCCAUGGCAGAAGAAGCCAAAUCAGCAGGAGAAGACUACUUGCUUUAUGAGUCUGGUGAUGAUAGCCUUGAUGAAAUGGAUGAUGAAGUGCUGAGCUUGGGUGGUCAGAGUGAAUCUGAGGAGGAGGAGGGAGACUUAGUUCACUUGGCAUACAACUUUGCAAAAGGUGCCGUCGGGCAAGGAGUGGACAUCGACUUUGCCAAAGCAAUCCACGAUGCAUCAGAAGAGAUUGCUACCUGCAAGGACUUUGUUGACAUCUCAGAGCUGAGUGAGGCUGAGGAUGUAGAGGAUUUGCGCAUGAAUGAAGCCGCUGCCUCGGGACGUGAGGGAGCAGCAGGAGGCGAAGAGCUUGAAUUGGAAGACGCGGCUGAUGGUGUUGUAUGA